CGGGACUCGGGACGAUGAUUGCGUAACAGGCUACGACAUUCACAUUGAAACAAACCAAAAAAAUUACAAAAAAACAAAAAUUACAAAGAAAUUAAAAAAAAAAAAAAUCACCCGUCAAUGUCAAGUAACGCAAGUCAUAAACUUGCAGAGGACGGACAACAUCUUCCAAACAAUCCCUCACAACAAGAAUCACAACUCCUCUCUCAAAUGGCCACGACUUUAUCUAAAGACUCCUCUCCAAAUCCGUCAUGGUUCACUCCCAAAAGGUUACUCUUCAUGUUUUGUGUGAUUAACAUGAUAAAUUACGUGGAUCGUGGAGCGAUAGCCAGCAAUGGUGUCAAUGGGAGUCUCAGGACGUGUGAUGACAAAGGAAUAUGCACUUCUGGUAGCGGGAUUCAGGGUGAUUUUAACUUGAAUAACUUCCAAGAUGGUGUACUAUCGUCUGCCUUUAUGGUUGGACUGCUUGUGGCUUCUCCAAUAUUUGCUUCCUUGGCAAAGAGCCAUAAUCCUUUCAGGCUUAUUGGAGUUGGAUUAUCUGUUUGGACUUUUGCGGCAGCUGGGUGCGGUAGCUCAAUUGAUUUUUGGUCUAUUGCAAUAUGCCGCAUGCUGGUUGGUGUUGGUGAGGCAUCCUUCAUAAGUCUUGCGGCUCCAUUUAUAGAUGACAAUGCUCCUGCUGCUCAGAAAACAGCUUGGCUUGCAAUGUUCUACAUGUGUAUACCUACUGGAGUUGCUGUCGGCUAUGUAUAUGGUGGAUUAGUUGGAAGCCAUUUGAACUGGCGCUAUGCUUUUUGGGGAGAGGCUAUUUUGAUGCUUCCAUUCGCUAUUUUGGGUUUUGUAAUGAAACCUUUGCAAUUAAAAGGAUUUUCUCCUGCUGACUCAAAAAAAGCAUUGGCAUCCAUUGAAACAGCUGCUUCUGUCGAAGAUUCAGAAGCUUCAGUUAUAAGUGGUGAUGUGCCAGUUGGAAUUGAAGGUAUCAGUAAUCAAGGCUCUGGAAAAUCUUCAAAGUUGACAGGUUUAUCCAUUUUGAAUCAGUUCUCUCGAUUUGCAAAAGAUAUGAAAGUGCUUCUGCGCGAUGAAGUUUAUGUUGUAAAUGUUCUAGGCUACAUAUUUUACAACUUUGUCAUUGGAGCAUACUCUUAUUGGGGGCCAAAGGCUGGUUAUAAUAUCUAUCACAUGAGUAAUGCGGACAUGAUGUUUGGAGGAAUUACGAUUGUUUGUGGAAUUUUGGGAACGAUAGCUGGGGGCCUCAUUCUUGAUCGCAUGACUUCAACAAUCUCAAAUGCUUUCAAGCUUCUUUCUGCAGCAACAUUUCUGGGUGCAGUAUUUUGCUUUUCUGCGUUCUGUCUAAAAAGCUUGUAUGGUUUCAUAGCUCUUUUCUCAGUGGGUGAACUACUCGUCUUUGCCACACAGGCUCCAGUUAAUUAUGUAUGUCUCCAUUGUGUCAAACCAAGUUUGAGACCAUUAUCUAUGGCUAUCUCUACUGUUUCCAUUCACAUCUUUGGUGAUGUGCCUUCCUCACCACUUGUUGGCAUUUUCCAGGAUCAUGUUAACAAUUGGAGGAAAACUGCACUUGUUCUGACAUCUGUAUUUUUUCUUGCUGCUGGAAUAUGGUUUAUUGGAAUUUUUCUGAAGAGUGUAGACAGGUCUGAUGAAAAUGGUGAAAAUCAAGCCUCUGCACAUUCAAAGGCCAAUUUGAAGCCAUUGCUCAGUGGAGGCGAGGACCAUUGUGGUGAAGCAUAAAUUCUUCAGUCAUGAUUUCAGUUGCAACCGUGCUUACGACUUUAUAAUAUGAUUGACCUCAAAAGAAUGCCGAGUUUUUAAUUUCUUACAAGUGUCUUAAAGGGUUACCCCAAGUUGGAAAUUUGAUUGAGGUUAGUUUCUUUAGGCAUUGUACCAAUUUGUAAAAUCAUAAAAUGGACAAACGAUAUAUCUUGUCAGGAAGCUGCCUCUACUUUCCAGAUGUGUUAUAGCAUUUGAAGCCCAGUUCACGUAAUUAGCAGAAUCGCAUAUGACUAGCUUCGAAACUCUUCUUCCUACAAUCUUACUGGUAUGAGGAGUUCUGGUGCUGCUUUGAAGUGUUGUUAUAUGAAGUCUCUUCGUCAAUCAUCUCUUUGGAACAAAGAAGAUUUGCUUUCUCCCACAUUUCAAGUUGUUAUCCAUAUGUGAAUAUUGCUGAUAUGUAAGAGUAUUUGUAAAAAUCCACGUGAAGAAAUCCAGUCAAGUCAGAAAACGUACAGGUAAAGAUUUAGGGUUUUCAGAUGUAGUGUGUGAAGUAUCAGAUACAAUUAAGCACUUUCCAUUUGUUCUCAGUAUGAAUUUUUUUCUUCAUUAUUUUGUACAGUUCCAAACAACAUUGUACAUAUUUGUUACUUUCCGGUAUGUUAUGAAAGAAUAUACAUAUAACAA